UAAAGCACUGACUUAUCUUCAAAGGAAACUUUCGUGAAUUUCGCCCUCGCUACUUGUAAUGUAUUUUUGCCGGUGUCAUUUCUUUCCACUCCUAUUAUUACUCCAUACGAAAUCAGUGGAUUUGACUACUCUCAGAACUAGGAGUCAAUCACAACUUGUUAUUAUAUCUUACGAUGGUUUGAGAUACGAUAUCAUUUCUCCCGAAAAUACCCCAUAUCUAUGGAACCUCCGAACGAAAGGAUUAUACGCACAUCGACUGACAGGAGUUUUUCCAACCAAAACCUAUCCAAACCAUUUUACUGUAGCUACGGGAUUAUAUCCCGAGUACCAUGGUGUGCUGGGCAGCAAAUUAUUCGAUUGGAAAACUCAAAAGGAGCUGAAUUACUCGGAGGAAUUAUUCAAGUUUAAUAAGGAUGUGGUGCCACUCUGGACUUUGAAUGAGAUCAAUGGGGGCACAUCUGGUUGCCUUAUGUGGCCUGGAUCAGAGUUUGCUUAUAAAAAUGUAACGUGCUCCUACACAAUCAGAUAUCAGACGGGCAAAUCUCUGUAUGAAUUAGCCAAUAUUGCUUUCGAAUGGUUAACGAAUGGGAAAAGGCCAGCCAAUUUAGUUAUGAUGUAUAUUAAUCAACCUGAUCGGGCGGGACAUUUGCAUGGCUUCGCAUCAAAUAAGUAUAUGGAGCAGUUGAGAAAGGUGGAUGACAUGGCUAGCUACCUGCACAGAUUAUUAACAUCCCAAUCAAUGAAUAUUGACAUCGUCCAUAUAAGCGACCAUGGGAUGACCAGCGUUACAAAAGCUCGGAUUAUAGACCUAGAAAAAGCAAUGCCUUCCAAGGGCAACUACAGAAUAUAUUCUUCCACGCCAGUUCUGCAAAUUGUCCCAGAAGAAGGGAAAUUUAAUACAGUCUUGAAAAAACUACAAGAAUUUGCGAAUUCCAAUGAACAUUUCGCCGUUUAUGAUACCAAAACGUUUCCUGGACGAUGGCAUUGUAAUAAUUCGCGAAUUGGACCAAUCACUGUCGUUGCGAAUCUAGGAUAUGCUUUUCAGGACGUGGUCACAAAUAUUGUUGAAAUCUGUGGUGGAAACUUGACCAGCGCUAAUAUUUCGGACAUUGGUAUUCAUGGCUAUGAUAAUGUAUACAAGGAGAUGGAUGGAAUUUUUCUUGCUAGCGGUCCUUCUUUCGGACCCGCAAAGAUUGCGGGAAGAGUAAAGAUAAUCGAUUUAUUCGAUCUGUUUUGUCACAUUUUAGAAAUUGAGAAUAUACCAAAAUCAAAUGGAUCCAUCGAAGGAAUAACUUCCGUUCUGUUUGAAAGAAACCAGUUGGAAUCUAUUGCAACGUUGGCAACAAUUCUCUUUAUGGUUGCAAUAAUUGUGUUGAUGAAAAUGGUCUUCAUGAUUUUUGAGCGGAGGAAACCAUACAUGGUGUGGAAAUGACUCAACCAGGAGCAAACAUCUCAAUGAAAUCACAGCAGAAUCUAUAUUUAACGAAAUAUAUAA